AUGAACCCCACCGACGAGGAACUCGACCGCGACUGGCAACCUAAUGGCCGCCGACCUCAAUCUACGAUUGCCCGAUCUUUCAGUCAAGAGCUGAUGGAUAUCUUUCGGAUUGAAAACAGCCUUGCCGACCUGGACGAACAAAUUGACAAGCGAAAACAGCAAGUCAACAGUGGCCAGACCGAGUUAGAGGCCCUCGAGGCUAGAAUUAAGGAGAUGGAAGAACGACUGAAGAGGCAGAACCCUCCGGGAGUCGCCGGUAGCAUGAGCCCACGGUCUCAACGGCAAGCCAUUGGCGAUGCGUUCGGCAAGGCGGCAUCUACAGAGAAGGAUCUCGCACAGCAGCAGCAGCAGCAAAGGUCUCGGCCAGGAACUGCUAAACAGGUACAGCAAGCACCUGCCCAUGGAGGAGCUAUGCCUCCGACCCCCACAGCCAGCGAAGGUGAAUACGUACUUGUCAAACAUAGCUCCUCUGGUGACGGCGCCGCUUGUUCUCGAACUUUUACUGACUAUGUCUACGUUUCUAAAGAUGGUGGUGACCGCGACAACUAA